GUAACUUGCGGGUUUCGAGAAAUUGUUGCAUCUCGUUAAAUUCUCCGCUUUGUUUAUUAUUAUUUGUUGUAAUAUUAAAUUAAUGAAAUUUCUCUGACAUUUACCGUAACUUUAUGAUAUGAAUCUGUAAUCUGUUACAGAAGUAUGGCAUAUUUAAGGAAACUAAAUAAUUGUAAAAAGGUCUUAAAAGCCAUAAAAUGCCCUCGAUUUCGUUCUAGUGUUAAAGAAAGUGUAUUUAUAUGGUCUAUCGAAAAUUUCAGUAUGUGUUGCCAGAAAGAGGAUGAUGUGUUAAGUAGUCCAGUAUUUUGCUUGAGUGAAUGUAUACCUGCUAAGUUUUCAGUAAAUAUUUAUCCAAAAGGAAAAGCCGGACAUGAAGAAUACAUUUGUGUUUCUUUUUACCGGGCUCCAGACGCUGCUUCAGACGUUAUUUACGUAGAAUCUUGGCUCUCAUUUGUAGAUGCUGAUGGACAGUUAUGUAAUAUUCAUGAAUCACAGAAUCAUUUAAAAAAUUGUGAAGGUUGGGGUUUUCCUACUUUUAUCCGUAGAGAAGAAGUUUUUAAAAAUGAAUCAAAAUUUCUCCCUAAUGACACUCUUACUUUAAGUUGGGAAGUCAGGGUUGUUGUAGAACAUAAUGAAUCUACAGAAACGAAUGUGAAUCAAGAUGAGGAGGAAAUUUCAGUGUAUGAAAAUUUGUCCCAUGAUCUAAAAAAAUUGUACGAGAGUGGAGAAUACAGUGAUUUAACUCUUAAAUUGGAAGAUCAGGAGCUAAAAUUGCAUAAAAUCAUCCUUGAUGCUCGUUGUUCAGAGCUCAAAAAUAUUUUUGAAGCUGAAAGAUUAAAACAUGGGGUUAAUGUCGAUUUUACAGACUUAAACCCAGAGGCAAUGAAAGCAUUCAUAUCCUAUUUAUAUACAGGUAAAGUAUAUUCUGCAGCUUAUGUACCUCUAGGCUUAUAUGAAAUAGCAUGCAAAUAUGGGCCUCGUGAGCUUCAGCAUAUUUCCAAACCAAAUAAAGUUCAUGCUAGGACUAAAAUUAGUGUUGGAAGUUGUUCUUACACUUGGGUUAUUGAAAAUUUUAGUUGUUGGAGGCAUUCCAUUAGUAAAAAAGUAUUAGCAGCCUCAUGUUUGACAGAAGGUAAAAAUUUUGAUGUUAUAUUUGAACCCAAAGGUGCAAGCGGAGAUGAUGAUGAGGAUCAAGUGUCAGUUUUCCUUUUCCGACCACAGUGUGCUAAAGAAGAGGAGGCUGUCCGUGUCAAAUUUAAAGUCUCUGUUGUAGAUAUAAAUAAUAAAUUGCAGCACACUGCUAUAGUUAAUGAAAUGUUCGGAACAGGUGAAAAAUUAGGCUUUUGUCAUUUUGUAAAAAGAGAUACGUUGAUUAAGGAGAAAAGAAAUAUUUUGCCAAAUGAUACCCUUACUCUUCAGUGUGAUAUUUCUGUGUCGGAUGGUAGAGUUGCGAUAUCUGAUCUUGAAGAAAUUUUUCUAACACAGACAUCUGCAGAAUUAUCUGAUAAUCAUUUGAAAAAACUUGCAGAGGAUUUGGAGGCAUUUUAUAAGAGUGAAAAGUUAACUGAUGUUUCAAUUCGAGUGAAGGAUAAGGAAUUUCCUGUCCAUAAAGUGAUUUUGACGACCCGUUCACCCGUAUUCCGUGGUAUGUUUAGUCACGAGAUGGCUGAAGAAAAGACAAAUGUCAUUGAAAUUUCUGACAUUGAUCCAGAUGUAAUUGAAAUCAUGCUGCAAUAUAUUUAUUCUGGACAGCUUAAAAAAGUAAAUAUGUAUAAUGCUUUGGAACUUUAUUCUGCGUCAGAUAAAUAUCAACUUUUAGAUAUGAAAGCGAAAUGUUGUACAUAUAUAUCAGUUUCCAUGACAGCUGAAAAUGUGUGUGAUGUGCUGAUUUUGGCCGAUAUGCAUAGUGAUAAUAAGCUAAAGUUAGCUGCUAAAAAAUCUUUCUGUUCUUAUGCAUGUGAUAUAUUGGACACAAGUGAGUGGAAAGACAUACUGAAAAAUAAAGUGUUUCUUGCAUCAGAAGUACUGCAAUUUCACGAUGCUUAUUUUCGACGUAAUUCUAAGGCCAUUAAACGAAAUAAAUUUCAUUAAAAUGUUACAAUGCAAGGUAUAAUAUUCAAUCCAGAUGUUCAUAUAUUCUUAAGUAAGAAACUAAAUGUAAGAUUAUUAUUCGUAAAAAAAAAGUUGUCAAUGUACAUUACUUUGAAUGCAAAGUUUAAUAUUAUUUGAAAUGUAUUAAAGAAGAAAACACUUGUUCUGUAACUGAUAUAUUCUGAAUAAUAAUUAUUGGUUUACAGUCAUAGAAAUCAUUUUAAUAAUAUUUCUCCCAUUCCUUCAAAUUUCAAAUGCAGAUCUUGAAAUAUUAUUUGCUAUUCACAAAGGGAUGAGGAAUAGCGAGGUCAGAGUGAUUUAAAUAAUUUUUCAGUUACUGUAUCGAAAAUGAUGUAACUGAAAAAACAAAUUUUGAAAAUUGUAUUAAUAACUGCAGAGCAGUAAAGUAGAAGGGUAGUGUUGUAAGAUUUGAAUAUUUACAGUAUGAUACCCCGUUUUUUUCUUUCUGAAAUUUAUGUUUAAUUUUCAGAGGCUGGUCAGCAUGGAAAAAUUGACAUAUUUAUGUUAUAAUUUUGUUAUUCCAGAUUUAUUAGGCUUCUCUUCAGUUUGUUUUAAUGAUGUGAUUAUGAUUUCAAAUGUACGCAUUUUUAUAACAUUAAGAAUGACGGUAAAUCCUAAAUCAUGAAAUCAUUAAAAAAAAUAAUUUAGAAUCUUUCAGGAUGACAGAUUGUUAUGUGCAUGUACCAGUGGUAUAUGCAUUCAUAUGUUUGAUUUGAAAGUAGAUUUUGCACUUCAAAUCAAAACCAUAAUUGUUUCCUUUUUUAUGAUAUCUUUAUCGUCAUUUAUAUUAUGUGUGUUUUUUAUAGGCCAAUAAAAGCCAUUAAUAUAAAAAUAACAAUUUUUCUUCUCUUAUUUUUAAAUGUAUUUAUAUUUUAUUAGUAUAAUAUUUUUGCUCAUCAUAUAAUUUUAGCAAAUGGCUUCAAUAUUCUUUGAUACUCUAAGCUGUCAAAUGUAAAAUCUGCCGCUUCAUACACAUGCACGGAAAUAAGGUAUAUUUUACAUAGUUAUACACAAAAGUCUUAAUUAUUUUAAAGGCUUUUUUAGAUAUAUUCUUUUUAAAUAAAGACGUAAAGAUAAAAAUUCUAAAGAGAUAUACAAUGAUUAUUGCCUUUCAAGGGAUUUCAAAAUAAGAGACCACUUGUAGAAUUCUUUACGGAAAUUAUUUAUCACGUAAAAAAUUAAUAUUUAUAAUUACUAAGCAUAAAAUAUGGCUAUGUGUGUAUGAUUGUAACUGAAAGUUAUAAAUGAGAAGAGAAUAAUUUAAAUUUUAGCAUUCUGAAGAAAACUUAAGGAAGUUUAUGAUCAAAGCUGCCUUUUUAUAUGAUGGCAAGCUAAAUAGGUUUGAGAAAAUAUAAAAAUUUAAUUUGUAUGGUUCUUUCUCAUUAAAUCUGCUCCCAUGCUUAGUCACCAAAAUCGGCAAAUUUAAUUGUUCAAAAUACAAAUUUCAAAUGUUGUCAAAGGCCUAUGAAGUUGUUAACAAAGAAGUAUCCUCUAUGUAUUAUGAAAAUUGAUGUUUUGACUUUGAAUAUUUGAAGAAAAAAAAAGAACUGUUAUGAACCUUUUUCACGUAUUCCAAAAAAACUGGAUGUGGCAUUUAUAGACUAUGUACUAUUGUUUUUAGGCUGUUAAAGGGAGCAUUGACCAAAGACAAUUAAUGGUUUAUGGAAAGCAGUAUAAGAAGCAUGAAAAAGAAUUUCUGUUGUAAAAUUUAAAAAUGUACUUUUUUGUGGAAAUUAAGGUGUAGAUGAUAGUUACGAGAGAAGAACCAGAUUGGCAUUCAAAAAAAUUCAUAUUAUAAUUAAUUACUUUGCUGUUUUAUAAUGAAUUAAACAAAAGUAAAUGAACCUGCUCUAUAUAUAAAACAAGAAAAAAUUUAUUAGUAGAACACACUUGAUAGAAGUAAUGCAGAUGCAAACAAUUAAAGUGAUUAGUCAUAGUUGAUUGGAUGAACCCCUGCCAUCAGUGCAAAGAAAUAUUGUGAUAGGUAAUUACAUGCAAGAAACUCAAUUUAAAAUAGAACAUUAGGAAUAUAAAAAAAAAUCUCAGAAAGACAUCACUGACCUAAACGUCAUGAAGCCUUUCCUGCUGGGUGUGCAGAUUAUCAUAAACCUCCAUGUAAUUGUCAAUGUUAACUGUUAAUACCAAUUAUGGAUAAUUAUUAGUAAUAAUUAGACUAAUCCGUUAAACUUGUUCAUGUAGUGGUCAUCAGAUAUCAUUAUUUCAGAAAUAACCUCUCUUUUACCGAGUACAUUUCUUAAUACCUAAAUUAAAUUCAAAUUUUUAAUAUUACUAAUAUGCAGAUUUGAUAUAAAAAGCGCACUGGUUUUUUCAAGAUGUUACACACAGUGAUAUCAAAGUAUAAAACUGUCAAUUUCAUAUUUCAUACUUAGGAAACUUGAAAUAUAGAACUUACAGAAAGUGCUACUCCAUUGUUAUGCAUAUAGUAGUUUUUAAAAUUAAUCAGCAGUUCAUAAACACAUGAAAGAAAGAAAAAUAUCAAGUCAAGUAUGAUGGCUUUUUGUAUAAUUUUCAAAUCAUAUUUUUUUAUAUUUUUUAGUUAUCAAGUUUUAUUAUUAAAUGUAUUAUUGCAUUUGAGAUUAUUAAAAAGUAAUAAUUUUAUAUGGGUAAAUGAGAAAAUAAGAAAGAAUGUUAAUUUUAUUUUCAUAUGCACAAAAUUAUAUGAUAUGUAAUAAUCUAAAGGAAAGGAUUUACUGUAAUUUCUUAUUGGAUAAUUAGCUCAAUCACUUAAAAAAUCUUGAAAUGUAAGUACCUUUAUGGCUUACACAUAUUGCUUAAGAUACUUUUAAGAUAAUUAUCAUUAUUUAGUCUUGUAAAUGGGUUAACUAGAUUUCAUUAUGAAAUUUUCUUUUAAAUAAAAGUUUUGCUUUUGU